UCCAAUACGGUCGUCUCUUACCUUUACCAAGACGGCCAAAAGAAAGAUGUCGACCGAUAUUUCACCGUACUUGCAAACUCACGUGGAGCCCGUUAAUGGUUAUCCUUCGGACAACAAGAGCUGCGACGGUUCCUCUGGUACGGCCAAAUACGAUGAUCUUGUCCGUAGCUCCGUCCUCUUCUGGGAAAAGCUCAGAGCUUUGCCUGGCUUUUCCAGCAAAACUUUGAAGGUUCCUACAGUGGGAGGAAACACUCUGGAUCUGCAUCGGCUUUUCAUCGAGGUUACUUCUCGAGGUGGAAUUGAAAGGGUGAUUAAGGAUCGAAAAUGGAAAGAAGUGAUCGGUGCAUUCAAUUUUCCGACAACAAUAACAAGUGCAUCAUUUGUCUUAAGGAAGUAUUAUCUCAAGUUUCUUUAUGAAAUGGAACAUGUGUAUUACCUUCAGAAACCAGUUUCUUCAAUCCAAUCAACAGAUGAAGCAAUGAAGAGCCUUGUCAGCGUCUCACCAAACCCCGAGGAAGGCAUUGAUGAACCGCAAAUUGGGUGUCCGGUUCACGGAUUCAUUGAUGGGAAGUUCGAUAAUGGAUAUCUUGUGACGAUGAAAAUGGGUUCUGAAGAGCUGAAAGGAGUGCUUUACCACAUUCCUCAAACACCAAGUCCGUCCCAGCAAACCAUGGAAACACCUUCAGCCAUAGUACCAUCAUCACAACGCAGGCCUAAGAAGAGAUCAAAAUUGGCUGAAGUUGAUUCUCUGAAACCCAAAUGCCACAGGAGUGGCUACAACUUCUUCUUCGCGGAGCAGCACGCUAGGCUUAAGCAUGAGAACCAUGGACUAGAACAAACCAAAUCCAUCACCAGGAAAAUAGGAAACAUGUGGAGAGAUCUUCCCGAAUCUGAGAAACAGGUAACUUAAUCAGGUUUAUCAAGACCAAGGAAGUAAGGAUGUGGAGAGAUACAGAAUUGAGAUGUUGGAAUAUAAAUCUUUACAUGAGUCAGGAGCUGCAGCUUCAGCAGCAGCCACAGCGGCUCAGUAGUGUUUUUCCCUGAUUGUUGUCUUCUCUGUUUGUAACCUUCGUCUUUCUUUCUCUAGAGAAGUUUUUAAUGUUAUGUGUUUGAAUAGUUGCAGAACUUGCCAUGUUUAUGGUUUUAGGGCUAGUGAAGAGGUUACUUGCUGCGGAUUA